GUUUCACGCAUGAACAUGUUCAGUCGCAUCUGAUUUGAUUAUCAUUCUAUAGCAUCUAUGUUUAAAAAAAGAAUGCCAACUAUUAAAUGUGACCAAUAUUAGACCGAUAUCUCAAGCAGACCUACAUUGCGGCGCGUUUCGCAAUUUCUAUGUAUGUCAAGGUACGAGAACAAGCGACACGGUUUAUCGCGUGUAAAACGCAGCACCGCGCUUGUUUUUCCGUAAAAUACUUAUCGUGGACGAAUGAGACUUCCCUCUUCAUCAGGAAACAACGUCGUGACUCGAUCAGAGCUUUGGCGCGUUCCGAAUAAGUGCGAGAGAAUUUACGUAAUACUGCCAGUGGUGAUCCCUUCUCUUCUAUUUCGCCUCUCUUCUUCCUCUUCUUCCCACCUGUACAUCUCGCUUCGUCUUUCUCUAUUUCUGUUUCGUUCGUGAUCGCGCGUGCGAGUUACGCUAAUCACGCCUCUCUUCGUCGCUUCGUUUUCUGAUUGCUUUCGGAGAGUCGCCUCUCGAGAGAGGAGGAUGAAUCGUUCUCGUCAGAGCGGGCUCACCAUUGCUCCCUGGUAUUUUUAGUGCGACGAGAGAAUAUUUGGCGGGGCGCAGCGAGUGUUUCGCCUCCUUCUCGUCGUCGUCGUCGUCGUCGUCGUCGUCGUCGUUGUCGUUGUCGCCGUCGUCGUCGUCGUCGUCGUCAUCGUCGUCGUCGUCUCCCUGACCGUUGUCGUGGUCGCAGUUUGGUCGCCCUCCUCGGCGUAUCGUUCUCUCGCGCGAAUCGGCGUAUUCUCGCGCCUUCCUCGUAAAGUGAUGUACCUGUGUAGAGAAUUGUUUCGUCAGCCUCGGUGGUGUUUUCGAGCGGCUGUUGCAGCCGCUCUUCUUAUAGGACUCAGCCGCCAAAGUUUGAGCUGAGCUAGCCUCGUUGAAAUUCGUCAGAGACGAUCUUUCGAUUAUUUGAUCGACGAUUUUCGUAAUCCGGGAAAUCAAUUCCAUUAGAUUUGCAAUUUGACCGCAACUUGGAGCUGUUAUAGAUGUUUAUAUUCGCACCGCGCGACACCAUGUCGACCUCCCGACAAGGCUCGGCCCCGCGGCGAAGUCGCUACGGGCGCUCGUCCACCACGACGAGCGUGACCCAGCUGCUGAGUGACUCCUGCACGAGUCUUCUUCAGAAAUUGACCACGCGAGUGCGUGGAACGUCUGCGCUCAACGAUCGCGGUAGAUCGCCCAACAUUAGCCGAUUGCGAAAUACACGGAGCCGUUUGGAGGACAAGUACAAUACUAUUCUGGACAAAUAUUCCAGCAAGAGACCAGCCAAUGAUUCGGAGCAGAAUGUUCGCGAUUACUUGCGAAAGGAGCGUGAUCACAGCUAUUAUCAUCGGGACGACAGUCCAUUCGUACGCGACGACAAGACCCUGGAAUCCUCGAUGAGUCGUAGCGUCAUCAAGAGUCCUACCAGCGUGCUUCUUAGCGAGAAGGCUUAUCCCUAUGUGAGUUCCGCAAUAAGCAGGGAACCUAGACGAGAGAAAACACCUGCCUAUGGCCGUAUGAAUCGUUCGCAAAUCCUGCUAAAUUCGGAAGCUUAUCAUCGCUACGGCAGACACAAGUCCGGACACGCGGAAACGCGCAAUCGGAAAGUUAGACCGCAUCGAAAGGGUAAGAGCGAGCAGCUGGAAGGUCACUCGACGUCUCUAAGACUGACCCGACCGAUCAAAAUCGAACCGUUCGUGGACGAUCAGGAAGUUGCGGUGGAUCCGGACAAAACGCCAAUCGCCAACAGCAACACAGUCAAUGAGAACGUCGCCAAAAAUAUCACAUUGACGGCGGAGGAUCCGGCGAUCUCGGAUAGAGCGGUCAAACGGAAGGAGAUCCAAAGUUUGAUCCUGAAAUAUGCCGCCAUGGAGGAUACUUACAGCCAAUUGGCGUCCGCCGGAGAAGCGACGAACGUACGUCCCAGUAUGACGGACCUCAUCGCCAACAAGUACAGAAGGAGCAAUCAUUGUAACAAUCAGAAAGACAACGUGUCCAAGAGCACGGUAGCAUCGAACACGAUUAACGAGGUGGAUGCGAUUCACGGCGCGAUUAGCCCACCUUCCGUCGAGGACGACGAAGACGGCCACCUUGUAUACCAAUCCGGCGACAUCCUGGCAAAUAGAUAUAAAGUACUGGCCACCCUAGGAGAGGGUACUUUUGGAAAAGUUGUCAAGGUUAAGGACUUGCAAAUGGAUCACGUGAUGGCUCUAAAAAUCAUUAAGAACGUGGAGAAAUACAGAGAAGCGGCAAAAUUGGAGAUAAACGCUCUCGAGAAGAUUGCUGUUAAGGAUCCAGAAUGCCAACACUUGUGCGUGAAGAUGCUCGACUGGUUCAAUUACCAUGGACACAUGUGUAUCGCGUUUGAGAUGCUGGGUCUGAGCGUUUUCGAUUUUUUGAGGGACAACUGUUAUCAGCCGUAUCCAUUGGAGCACGUCAGGCAUAUGGGUUAUCAGCUCUGUUACGCUGUCAAAUUUUUGCACGACAACAAACUCACGCACACGGAUCUUAAGCCGGAAAACAUUCUUUUUGUCGAUUCGGAUUACGACAGUACAUAUAAUAAUAAAAAGCGGAGGGAUACGAGACGCGUGAAACGAACCGACAUUAGACUCAUUGAUUUCGGUAGCGCCACUUUCGAUCAUGAACAUCACAGUACAAUUGUAAGCACGAGACAUUAUAGAGCGCCUGAAGUAAUUUUAGAACUGGGUUGGUCUCAACCAUGUGACGUCUGGUCUAUCGGCUGCAUCCUGUUCGAGUUAUACCUGGGCAUCACGUUAUUCCAGACGCAUGAUAAUCGUGAGCACCUAGCGAUGAUGGAGCGCAUACUCGGCACCAUACCACAUCGCAUGGCUCGCAAGACUAAAACCAAAUACUUUUAUCACGGCAAAUUGGAUUGGGACGACAAAAGCUCGGCCGGUAGAUACGUCCGAGAUAACUGCAAGCCAUUGCACCGUUAUAUGCUAUCCGACGACGAAGAGCACCGUCAGUUAUUCGACCUCAUUCAGAGAAUGCUCGAAUACGAACCAUCACAGCGUAUCACCCUGAAGGAUGCAUUGACGCAUCCAUUUUUCGACGCCCUGCCGGCGUCACAGAGAUUGCCCGAUCCACGUGCGGCUGGUGAUUCUCAACAGCCCCACGAACGAUCACACUCACUCUCUCGAUGAAGCUAGGAAAGGGACCGACCUCCGUGCUGGACAGACACUCCGCUUUCAACGACACUACUGCCCUACGUCUUUGUUUUGGUAUCAUUAGUUUUCAUGAAAACAUGUCUCUUUCGUAGCAACGAAACCCGAUGACAUGAAAUGAGGCAAGCAUUGAAUAAGUGCUAAGAGAUAGCAUGUAUGUGUAUAAGUAUAUGUGUUAAGUAUAUGCGCGCGAGAGUGCGCAUGUAUUGAUACUGAUCAUUGGGUUUUCUCACAAUUUUUGAUCCCCGCACUCGAUGUAACUUAAAUCUAUACGUAGGAAAGACAGUAAUGCGCGGCGGUGCCGUGAAACUUGGACUUAAUUCAAGUGCAUUCAACGACAAGCGAUUAUACUUGAGCGAAGAUUACUUCUCGUCGCUUACGUCUGUCUGUUUCUAUCGCGAUUAUCGAUCAUCGAAAUGGCAACACGUGAUCCUCGUUACUGACGCGGAUAAGUCAGUGUGUCUGCUCAGUGUAGCGUAACAGAGUCCCGCAAUUUUAAGCAAUUUUUUAAAUGCUCUUCUGUACAUUUGUGUCUCUUAAAUUUAUUACCAUGUUAAUAUGCGAUAAAAAACGCAAAGUUUGGAAUAUAAAGAUCACCUUUGGGUCCGCAGUUUAUAAUACAUUCGUUAUAAAUUGACGACCACGGACGUGUUCUAGCCGUGCGUAACGGUAUUCUAUAGCGAUAUAAUUUCAAACGACAGUAAAGUUGAUUAGAAUCGAGAGAAAAUGAGCGAGCGAGCGAGCAAAGAGAGGGAGUGUAUGAGUAACAAUCAAUUUCAUCGUUGUGAAUUAUAUACAUCUUAAAACAUAAGAAUACAUAAUUAUGUCUUAGAGAAUGUUCUCUCAACGAUUCUUUUUUUCUUUUUUUUUUCGUAUUUGAAUAUGGAACCCACUUGAAGUUUCUGAUGCGAUUUAUCAUGCUAUAAUCAACUUUAAGUUCGCGGCCUAAUAAAACAAAAAAAUUCGUUGAUAUUUUAUAUUCUAUAUAUCAUAUUAUAUAUUUCACGAAGAUUUAAUUUAAAUCGAAAAACAUAUAUUGUGAAUAUUACAGAAACAUUGGUGUGUAUUGCACACGCGAGAAUCAUCCCGUUCCCAUUUUUUUCCGUCAUGUUUAAUUUACACAACUCGUGUCAUCCGUAUAAGUUUUGUUUGACCUUAAUUAUACUAUAUCUGCGAAAUGAAGGAUGUUAUAUACCUGCUGCUCGUGUUAAACGGGGUAUAUUUACUUCUACAAAAGAGCGAUAUUCCGAGUAGCAAUAAAUACACUUCUUUCAAA